UCGAUAUUACCAUCAAUGGUUUGCAAACCCUACUGUAUGUAUGUAUAAAGUGUUUCAUCAGAUGUUAUUUAAGGCAAAUAAUUAAGAUUUACAAAAUGACGGAGGAAGAUAAAGUUCCUGUCUCCUUUGCUUGCCAAAGUUGUAUGCAGCCCAUUAUAUUGGACGAGAGUCUGGAAAAUAUCGAUGUGCAUUCCAUGGCAGAACUUUCGUUACCUAUUUAUUCAGGCAAUAUGAAUACGCUGGACCCAGAUGACCCAAGCGUUUUUGAUCAUUUUGUUCCGCCUUUUCGUUUGACAGAUUCGAUUAAUGGUACUGGUUUUAUGCUGGUAUCGGACGGUCGUGAAAAGAAAUGGAGCGAUGCCUUUAAACUUAAAGCUGAAUUAUUUGACUGCCUGUCCUCAAAUUCGGAAAUUGACCAUCCGUUGUGUGAGGAAUGUGCGGAUUCGAUGCUAGAAAUUAUGGAUCAAGAACUAAAAGUAGCAGAACAAGAAUGGCGCGACUACAAAAAUUACUUGGAAAAUCUUGAGCAACAACAAGACUGUCCAAAUAUAGCUGAAUUAGAAAAGGAGUUAGGUGAAUUGCAGGAGAGCGAAUCUCGAAUGCUGUCAAAAUUAGAAAAGCUUAAGCUUGAGGAAGAAUCAUUAAACGAAGAAAUUAAAAAAGAGGAGGAAGAGAAAAAUAAGCUCCAGCAACAAGAAGCAGUUUACUGGCGAGAAUAUACAAAACAUCGCCGGGAAUUAAUGCUCACAGAAGAUGAUAAACGCAGUUUGGAAUGUCAGAUAAGUUACGCAGAGCAGCAGUUGGAAAAACUUAAGGAUGCAAACAUUUUCAAUAUUACUUUUCAUAUAUGGCAUGCUGGACAUUUUGGCACUAUAAAUAAUUUUCGACUCGGACGAUUGCCCUCUGCUGCGGUAGAUUGGUCAGAAAUAAAUGCUGCCUGGGGUCAGACGGUGUUGUUGUUAUGUGCCCUUGCUCGUAAGAUAGGAUUGACGUUCGAACGUUAUCGUCUUGUACCGUUUGGAAAUCAUUCAUAUGUUGAAGUGAUUGGAGAAAAUCGUGAAUUGCCACUCUAUGGAACCGGAGGAUUUAAAUUCUUUUGGGACACCAAAUUUGACGCUGCUAUGGUAGCUUUUCUUGACUGUUUAACACAGUUCAGGCAAGAAGUUGAAAAACGAGAUACAGAAUUUCUACUACCAUACAAAAUGGAAAAAGGGAAAAUUAUUGACCCUUCAACUGGAAAUUCAUAUUCGAUCAAAAUUCAGUUUAACUCGGAAGAGCAAUGGACAAAGGCUUUAAAAUUUAUGUUAACAAAUUUAAAGUGGGGACUUGCAUGGGUUUCAUCGCAGUUCGCCAAUGAUUAAUCAUAUUAAAUUCAUUUAAGAGUGAUUAAACCGAAAUAAAACUCUGUAGAAUUAAUUUA